CAACAGCUUGCAUAAUUGAAACGUUAACGACCGGCAAUUCAGUCAAACGGUGAAACUCCAGCUAAGUUUUGGAGAUGCGUCGUCACAUUGCGGCCAGCAGCACGUUUAUGGUGUGCUGACGUCAGGACCGGAUGUUGACAGUGUGUGCUCUCGGACACCUCAUUAGGUACAGCCAACAUCAACAACAAAACCACCGACGAAACUAACGGCGAAUAUCCGUGUAAAACGCAACAAAAUCCACCUGAUAUUGUACCGAAAGGGACUUUUGGACCUUGAGAGCGCGCCGUAGACGCCGCAAAAGCGGCUAGUGCGGCGUUAGCUUCCUACGCUCUUUGUGAUUAGACGCUCAUGAAUAGUUAUUCAGAAUGGGCCGCAUCUUCCUGGACCACAUCGGCGGAACGCGCCUGUUCUCUUGUGCCAACUGUGACACCAUCCUGACCAAUCGCUCCGAGCUCAUCUCCACCCGAUUUACGGGCGCCACUGGCAGAGCCUUCCUCUUCAACAAGGUGGUGAACCUUCAGUACAGCGAGGUGCAGGACCGCGUGAUGCUGACGGGCCGGCACAUGGUGCGAGACGUCAGCUGCAAGAACUGCAACAGCAAGCUGGGCUGGAUCUACGAAUUUGCCACCGAGGACAGCCAGCGCUACAAGGAGGGCAGAGUCAUCCUGGAGAGGGCGCUGGUCCGGGAGAGCGAGGGCUUCGAGGAGCACGUGCCCUCGGACAACUCCUGAAUACGGCAAACUGCUUCUUCGCCGAUCUGUUCAGCAACGUUACAGAAAAAAAAAGGAAAAAAAAAACAUCAGGGGUAGGUUUUUGACUCUGCUUUCAUGAUUGGUGGUGCAGAAAAUGAACACUUGCUUGAGACAACGCCUCCAGUUGCUGUGCGCUUUCAUUCGGACUCAAUGGCCAGACAAGAGCAAGCGACCAGUUUACUGAUUACUUGUCAAUUUUCUUUCUGUUAUUGUUUUUGUUUUUAAUGGAGAAGGGAGAAUUGCUUCCUGAAUGUUCUAUACUCUUGUUUCCUCACCCGCUGUGCUUCUGUAGUGCUUUAAGGCACAACUAAGCGACAGUUCCAAUUUAUGAACCGAUGACAUGUUAAUUUUAUUUGAUUAUUAAUAUAUACAGUUGAGAAUUGCUUCCUGAAUGUUUUGAACUCCUCUUUUCACACGUCAGUAGACUCCAUUUUGACUCUGUCAUUUCUACACAAUUAGUUAAUAGUUUCAGAACAAAUUCAAAAUUAUUAGAUUGCCUGGUAUUUUUUCAAAA